AUGAUUUACCUUAGGCUGCACGUCGGGAGGAGUCUACGGUGCAACGCGAACGCUAGGCACUGGAACGUGUUCAUCGUGCCGCUCUUCCCACUCUGGAUUAUCGGCGCUUUCUGCGUGAAAGACAUACCUAUAUCGCACAUCGUGGCGCUGGUCGGAGAAGCCACGUAUCUUCCCUGCGACAUAUCAACCACCCACGAAGGGGACUCGGUGCAUCUUGUGCUCUGGUAUCGCGAGGAUCUCGGUACAUCAGUUUACAGCGUGGAUGUGAGGGGUCGAGACUUCGGUAUCGCAGAACGAUGGUCGGACGACUCGGUGUUUUCGAACCGGGCGUACUUCGUGUCGGACAAGCAGCCAGCCGAGCUCGUCGUCGAGCACAUAAAGGAGGAGGACGCCGGCAUCUACAGGUGUCGCGUCGAUUUUCAGAUCGGCCAGACGCGCAACUCCAAAGUCAAUUUAACGGUGAUAGUUCCGCCACAUAAAAUCGUGAUCGUCGAUGACUCGGGGAUCGCACGGAAUUCGAUGGUGGGCCCGUAUAUGGAGGGCGACACUCUGCGGCUCUACUGCGACGUGUACGGCGGCAAGCCGGUCCCGACGGUCUCCUGGCACUGUAACGACAAGCUCGUCAGCAACAAAACCUUGACCGUGCGGAACGGCGUGACCCGCAGCGAGCUCGUUAUGAAAAAUUUAGGACGAGACGACGUCCGCUCGACGCUCACCUGCAACGCGACGAAUAGCAAUAGGUCCAUACCGCUAUCGUCCUCCGUUCACGUGAACAUGAAUUUCAGCCCGCUGGACGUCAAGAUAAUCGGGGCGAACAAGCCGCUGUCGGCGGGCAAGAGGUACGAGCUGGAGUGCACGACAUCCGGUUCCAGGCCGACGGCCACGGUGACCUGGUGGAGGAACGAGCAACGUUUGGAGGAGUCCAAGCAGACCACUUCCAGCGAUGGGAACACGACCACCAGUACCUUGUCUUUCGUGGCGACUAAGGCAGAUGCUGGUAGACACUUGUCGUGUCGGGCUGUAAAUCCAAUCAUGGAUACCGAGCCGAUAAAGGACGGCUGGACGCUCGAGAUACACUACACGCCGGAAACCAGGAUACAGCUGGGUACGUCCCUGAAUCCUAACGCGAUACGCGAAGGCACCGACGUUUACUUCGACUGUCUGAUCCACGCCGAGCCGCCUGUAUACAAGGUGGAAUGGCGACACUUGGGCAAAGCGCUUCAUCACAACAUCACACAGGGUAUCAUAAUCAGCAAUCAGAGCCUGGUGCUGCAAGGCGUCGACCGUAAAAGCGCAGGCAAUUACACUUGCGUCGGAUACAACGCGGAAGGAGACGGCGAGAGUUCGCCGUUUUACUUGAACGUAAUGUUCGCGCCCACCUGCAAGCCGAAUCAGACGAAGGUCCACGGGGUGGCGAAACAAGAGAAGGCAAACAUAUCCUGCCAAGUGGACGCGAACCCGCCGGAGGUGCAGUUCCGCUGGACCUUCAACAAUUCCGCCGAGAGUAUCGACGUGGCGGGCAGUCAUAUCGCCCGGGCCGGCACGUCCUCUAUCGUCUCAUACACGCCCAUGACCGAAUUGGAUUACGGCACGUUGCUCUGCUGGGCGAGCAAUCGAAUUGGACAUCAACAAGUGCCCUGCGUCUAUCACAUCAUAGCGGCCGGUCGACCGGACAUGGUUCACAACUGCACCACCUCGAACACGUCGACGAACUCGUUCUCCGUGCGGUGCUCGGAGGGUUUCAACGGCGGGCUGCCGCAGUCGUUCCUGCUGGAAGUGAGAGAGAGUAACAGCCAGGAACUGAGGGCCAACGUCACGUCUCUGGUGCCAAGGUUCAGCGUCACUCACCUGGAGGCUGGUGCACUCUACCAGGCCUCCGUCUACGCCUACAACGACAAAGGGCGCAGCGAGGCGAUGGUCGUACAGGCUGGUACGCACAGGCUGCCCGAGAAACAACUAACGUCCGAAUCAGAGAGGCCGCGAUCGAACAUCAGAUUGAUGCCGAUGUUGAGCGUGAUGAUCGGCGUGGUGACCGCCCUGAUCAUCGUCGCGGUGAUAGUGAUGGUCGUGCUAAGAAUUCAGCACACGCAGGUGGACGAGCAGAGCAAGUCGCAGAUGGAGGACCACGGCAAACAAAUGAAACCGAUUCCCAUACAGCGGGAGCUGAGGUUCCGCGAAGGUAGCAGUCUACUCUCGGAUGAAAAGCAUCCCGCCAGCCCGUUCAGAAAGCUCGAGAGCAGCGGUGACAUAAGCGAAAACGACGAGAAGAACCCGGACAUCAUACCUCAGCAGAUCACUGGCGACGAACCGUCCGAGUACUUGAGGAAGCGACGCCUCGUCUCGACGAUCGAGACAUCGCCGUCGAGGAGCUUGCUGGAGCACUCGACGGUCACCUCCGUCAGCGGACACGGCAGUUGCGUCGGUUAUUGCACCAUCCGCAACGGCAUGCCGCUGCACGAGUUCUCGAAUUUGACAACGAAACAUAAAAGCUUUCAGCCGAUAGUGGGCGACGUCUACGAGACUGGUGUCUGCACUCUGCCGAGGCAACACUGGCCGAGCCAAAGUAUGCAAUCUAUGUCGAUGACGAUGAGUCCACCGAUGCUGUACAGCGGUUUGGGAGUCGUCAGCAGACCCUGUCCCAGCGGUAGCUUGCUGACGAAGGACGUGGAGGCGAGGAUCCCCGGCCAGUGCUGCAUCCAGUCGCAAAAGGACGGGAAGAUGACCACACCGAUCGUGAUGGCCAAGAGGGAGAGCUCCGUGUGA